CAGCAAUAAUAAUAUUAAUUUGAUGAAAAGAAUUCUACUAGUAUUAGCGAUAGUUACAUAUUUUAUCAAUAAAGCAUUGGCUGAGGUGACAGCUUCUCAAUGUCCCACAUGGCAGUGCCAGAGAGGACUAGGAGAAGAUCAAACAGGAACAAAUAGAACAUGUGCGAGAAACUCUGGGACCUCUAAUUUUGCUGAAGAGUGUGAUCUUGAUAAUCAUUUCUGCCUGCUCGAAGAGCCUACCUUACAAGACUCCCAAAACUGUGAGCAAGUAGAAGUACUUUCUUGGAAGAGAGACUUGCCUGCUGGGGACGACUGUGGAGGACUCUCUACUUGUUAUGGUGCAGCCACCUGCACUACUAUACAGAAUAAGACAAGAUGCGCUGGCUUGCAAAAAGGAGAUGAAUGCACGGAUGAUAGGGAGUGAAACCCCGGACUCUACUGUAAAAAGGGAGGAGUAUUUGCAUCUGACAAAUGAGACGAAGUUGCUAAGCAAGACCAAGAAUGAGACAAUGAUUUCAGAUGUGAAUUUGGAACACAAUGUGUAAAUUCGACAUGCACAAGAUUUGGUAAUUUAACUGUUGGCACAAGGUUUGAAAUCCUUGAUAACAAACUUCUUGGGACAAUCACUAAAGAUACUCUCUAUAACACGACUAUUGGAAGAGUAUGUGAGACUUUCUUUGCCUUCAACACAGGGGUGAAGUCAGACAAUGGUAACUUUUUGUUCGAAUGUACUGAAGGUCUAAAAAGAAAUUUUGAAAUCUAUGCCAGGACUGAUGAUAAUUUAGAUUGCUCUUUUAAUCAUACCUUUUCUAAUGGGACCUCAACAGAGUAUAAGUAUAAUGCUGUCUGAGGAUUCAACAUCGACGAAUAUUUCUACUGUCCCUCAAGAAGAGGAGCUGAUGAAUAUGGAGAACACAACAGGAGAGCUAGAGAUAUCUGGGCUAGUAGCCAAAAUUUAACUUGUCAUCACAGAUCAAGUAUCCAAUAUUGCCCUGCAAUUCAGGACAACUUUUUAUGGAACAAGGCUUUUGCAGAUAUAAGAAGAACAGAGUUCAUCACAGAAGGAGACAACUGGCCUCUUGUAGCCAACAGCGAUAGAUGUGUAGGCAGGACCAUUAAAAAAACAAUGAACUAUUGGAGGAUCGUGGAGUCUUCUUACUCCAAUUUCAUUGGUUUGGUUGCCUUAUCUGCAUUUAUUACAUCAUUUAUGUUUUAG